CACGGCUGUAGUGCGCGAUGUGUCAAUUGCAGGAUGAUUAAAUAAGGUUACAACAGAUAAGUACAAGCAAUAAGGUAGUGAUAUGGCCUUAACGUUAGUUGAGAUAAGUGGAAGGGAAGAAGCAUCAAGCGUGCUCGUGCUUGGCCACCUGCUCUCUGUAUCGAUCUCUCCAGUCUCCCUCCUUCUUCAUGGCCUUGUCCAGAUAGCCGAUAUGCCGGGCGAAGCGCUCCAUGUCUCGCCCGUUGUAGUAGUUGUGUCCGCCGCGCGGAUGCAAUGGAGGCUUGGCGGCGGCGUCUUCCGCCGGGUCGAUGCGGAAGAGGGCAUACUCGGACAGUGGCUCGGGGACGCAGUAGAGCCGCUCGUGCACAAAAUAGUAUGGGGUCUGGGCAAAAUGCCGGUAGCCAAAUGCCAGCGGCGGAAGGGAGGGGACUCCGUCAUUGUACAUCUUGACGGCAUACUCGACGAUAGAGUCUGGGCCGUGCUUCUUGCGGCGCUCGGAAACAAGCUCGACCCAGAACUUGACGAGGCUGCGCGUCCCUGACCGAGGGCCCCCGAAGACGACCACACGGAUCGGGAUGGAACCGAUCGGGACAAGGCUCUCAUCGCGAAGGAGAUCGACUAGAAGAAGCUGGGAAACGGCAGCACCCAUGCUGUGGCCGGUGACCACCACCUCCUCGACCUCAUGCUGAGCCAGGCCCUUGCGUAGCGCUUCCAAUGCAGGCUGUUUCGCACCCUUGUACAGCCUCCAGAACCCGGAAUGCACCUUGCCGUGCCGUGAGGGGUGUCGAUGCUUCAGUGCAUGGAUAUCGUAAAGAGCUUGGUGGGCGCUGUUGGUGCCCUGGAAUGCGAGGAUUAGCUGCUUCGUUUCGGAGCGGUAUGCUGCGUAUCCUUGCAGAUGCGCCGUCUGCCCGAAGAAAGACGCGACAAGUUGGGUCCCGCGGAGGGAUGUGUAGUUCUCCAGCGGGAAGGCGGGUUGCAUGAGGGCAUCUAGAUUACCAAAGAUGAAUUCGGGCGGAAUGGCGCUGUAAGCCACCUCCGCGAAUUGACCUCGAGAGACGAGUUGGAAAGGACUGAGAAACAGAUGGACAGCACGACGCACCGAUUUCCGAGCAAUAAUCCGACACCUCUAUCGGCGCGACGUCUUUGAGAGACAAGUUGUCCGGAGCGUACGUCGCCAAGAUUUUGGAAAUCCAUCGGAAGUUCAUCAGCUUCUCCAUCGCGUACAUAUGCGCCUGCUCCUCGGUGAGUAUGUAUUGCUUGCGCAUGCUCUUGGGAAGGGUGAUGACGGGGAGUUUGCCCAUAGCGUUGAUGGUGGUGGUUCGUCGUGUGCCGCAGUCUCGACGUCCGGCCCGAAACACUCAAUCGAGCUGAGAAGGAGGUGAUGUCAUAUCACGUGCGUGAAUACAGCCCCUGUCCUGUCCCAAGCUUGGAAUCUGGCACUGGCAAGCAAUACUUGACUUGUGGGAUCCACAAGUGCUGAAAUCUGAUGGCUUGGAGAGUAACACAAAUCUCGCACUCCCUGGCAGAUAACGUGAGACACCGUGCUGACAGGGUCUUAUCAUGCACUCGGAGAACCGCCCUCCGUGCACGAGUCAAAUGGCACUUGUGUGACAAUACUGUGUGUAAGCUAGUUGCGACUUUCCAUUUCGAACUCGCUUCCGCGUAUGGAUGCUACAGAAAUGGAUGUAUCCGAGCUGUGUUUCCAAUGCCAAUCAGGCUCGUCAGUGCGUGGAAUGGAGGUGGGGGAUAGAGCGUAUCGGCAUGCACAUUCUUCGCGAGCGCUCCGUUUCUCAAGUGUCUUGACCCUGAUGGAACUGUUUCGUCUUAAUCUCGCUGACAUAGCGGCAAGCUAUCCUGCAUGGACAAAGCAUCUUCGCUGCAGCAUCGUGGGAAAAAGGUUGCCGAUGAUGGUUGCAACUGCCGCACGUUUGUCCGCACUGCCUGAUUGCAGACGCUUUGGCCUUGUAAAAUCGACGCCUGACUCCAAGGUUUUACCCGGAACCGUAAAAAAAAAUAGGCCGAAAUUGGGAGGACAUAUGGUAGCACAGGCUGUCGCGGUGUACACAGGCCGUGUCGUUGACAGACGAUUGCUGUGCGCGCCUAUGGUGGGAGUGAGGGUCGGGAGGUCAAUACUUCCGAUUGUGGAAGAAGGCGGUGCAUGACGCCCCUGAUCAGUUGUUUGCCAGCGCGUCAUCAGAACGAGGCGCCAUAUAAAUCACGACACCAUCGACGGCCUUUCCACUCUUCUACCCUCUUGCACGUUCCUCAAUCGUUCUCUCGUCUUCUCUAUCUCUCAGUUCACUACCUUUUACGCGAUGUGUGGCAUCUUUGGUUACUGCAGCUAUUUGAAGGAGAAGAGUCGUGCGGACGUUAUCGAAGUCCUGUGCGCUGGUUUGGCUCGCCAGGAGUAUCGUGGAUACGACUCUGCGGGCAUCGGUAUCGACGGUGACAAGCCGGGAGAUGUCGUGUUCUUCAAAGAGGUUGGCAAGGUCGCCGGGCUGCGCAAGAAGAUCGCCGCCAGCGAUAUCGACGUCACCAAAUCCUUUGUUUCCCAAGUCUCGAUCGCCCACACUCGCUGGGCCACCCACGGAGUCCCCUCGGAGCGCAACUGUCAUCCCGUGCGCUCUGAUGUCCACUCCGAAUUCAUCGUUGUCCACAACGGUAUCGUGACCAACAAUGCAGAGCUCCGCCAGGUUCUGCAGAAGCGAGGAUACACGUUCGAGACCGACACCGACACUGAGGCCGUCGCCAAGCUCCUCAAGUACAUUUACGAUAACCAGCAAGAGAAACGCCUCUCAUUCAUGGAGCUUAUCCGCACUGGCCUCAAGGAGCUUGAGGGGUCGUUCGCCUUCGUCUUCAAAUCGUCUCACUACCCCAACGAGGUCGUCACCGCUCGUCGUGGCUCUCCCCUCCUGAUUGGUGUCAAGACCGACAAGAAACUCAAGGUUGAUUUCGUCGACGUCGAGUUUGCUGGUCAGGACAACGACACGCCCACAAACCUCGAUGCCAUGCCCCAAUCGCCGAACUCUCUGCUUGCUCCUCCUACUGCCAACCCCAAGGUCCUUCGCACGCAGUCCCGGGCAUUUAUGUCCGAGGAUGGUCUUCCUCAGCCGAUUGAAUUCUAUAUCGCGUCUGACGCGGCAGCCAUCGUCGAGCACACCAAGCGUGUUCUCUAUCUGGAGGAUGACGACAUUGCGCACAUUGCCGAGGGCGAACUCCACAUCCACCGUCUGCGCCGGCAAAACGGCGACCAGACACCCGCCCAGGCUGCCACGACGCGCUCCAUCGAAACACUCGAGAUUGAGAUCGCGGCGCUCAUGAAGGGCAAGUUCGAUACCUUCAUGCAGAAGGAGAUCUACGAGCAGCCUGAGUCGGUCGUGAACACCAUGCGUGGGCGUGUCAACUUUGAUGCCCACCAAAUCACGCUUGGAGGACUGCGCGCGUACUUGUCUAUCAUGCGCCGUUGCCGCCGGAUCGUGUUCAUUGCGUGUGGCACCAGCUAUCACUCGUGCCUCGCGACGCGUGCUAUCUUUGAAGAGCUGACGGAGAUUCCUGUCAGUGUGGAGCUUGCGAGCGACUUCUUGGAUCGGAAGACACCCAUUUUCCGUGAUGACUCUUGCGUCUUCCUGAGCCAGAGUGGCGAGACGGCGGAUACCAUCUUGGCGCUGCGGUACUGCCUGGAGCGUGGUGCGCUCUGUGUUGGUGUUGUCAACACUGUGGGCUCUACCCUCUCUCGGGAGACCCAUUGUGGUGUUCACAUCAAUGCCGGCCCUGAAGUCGGUGUCGCCUCGACCAAGGCUUACACUUCUCAAUACAUCGCUCUGCUUCUGAUUGCCCUGCAACUUUCUGAGGAUCGCAUCUCUUUCUCUCAACGUCGCCGGGAGAUCAUCGACGGGCUGCACUCCAUGCCCGGUCUGAUCAAGAAGGUGCUCGACCUGGACCCUUCGCUUGAGAAGCUCGCGGACACGAUUACUAACAACAAGAGUCUUCUGCUCAUGGGUCGUGGGUACCAACAUGCCACCUGCCUGGAGGGUGCUCUCAAGAUCAAGGAAAUCAGCUACAUGCACUCUGAGGGUAUCCUUGCUGGCGAACUCAAGCACGGCCCGCUCGCGCUUGUUGACGAGAACAUGCCCGUGAUCAUUAUCAUGACGCAAGACUCGCUGUAUCCCAAAGUGCAGUCUGCCUUCGCGCAGAUCACCGCUCGCAAAGCCCAGCCGAUUAUUCUGUGCAACGAGGGUGACGAGGGCAUUUCGAAGGACGCCAAGACGAUCCGCGUGCCCAAGACCAUCGACUGUCUGCAGGGAUUGCUCAACAUCAUCCCCCUCCAGCUCCUCAGUUACCACCUGGCUGUCAAGAACGGGUGUGAUGUGGACUUCCCUCGUAACUUGGCCAAGUCUGUGACUACCGAGUAAACGUUGUCGAUGCCAUAGUCGGCUCCCUCGUUUCCUUCCGUGUCUGUGUUUGCUUGCAAUACUUGUCGUUCCCACUCUGGUGUUCGACAUGGACGUUUUGAGACUAUUAGUGUACCUGUAGUAGAAAAUCGCGUGGACUCGUUUCGUAAUCAAUCGUUUGAGAUAUCCA